UAUACCCCAGUGCCAAUGGUGAUGCAAAAAAAAUUAUUAUCCUCUUGGGAGGCAUUCUACAAAAUGUAAAUAAUUGAUUUGAUCGAGUUAACAUCUACCAAAAAUGUUCCUCCAGAUUCAAUGUUUGUCUAUAAAUGGCAUGUCACAAAAUCCAGAGAUUUAGCUAGACGAAUUAUUCAGAAAAUUUCACAUUAAGAACUUGCAGAAACAAGAACCUUGAUGGCUAUAUAAAGAGGGUUAUGUUCUUCGAACUGUGCUAACAAUCAAACAGGAUGGAUACCUCGAAGGUCCUUUUGAUUCUCAUUUCCCUUGCAAUCCUCCUCCAAAGUUUAGAACUUGCCGAUGCCUCUGUCAAAGACGAAUGCAAGAUUGUGGCAGCUGCAGAUCCGAAUGUGGACUACAACUUCUGUGUAACGUCUCUCCAGGCCGAUCCGAGGAGUGGAUCAGCCGACGCGAAGGAGCUGGCCAUCAUCGCUGCCAACUUGACGGUGGCCAAUGCCACGAGCACCCUGUCCAAGAUUGAGAAGCUGGUAGGAGACAGCAAAAUUGAUUCAGAGACAAAGGGUUUGUUGAACCAAUGCUUGAGCUUCUACAAGGAUGUGGUCACGGCAGCUUCGGGCGCCAUUAAAGCCAUCAGUUCAGGGAGCAUGGGUGAUGCAAAGAAGCAACUGACCGAGGCCAGCGACAAUCCUCAGGACUGUGAUAAUCUUCUAUUUGAGGCCGGAAAGAACUAUCUGCUAACAAAGGAGGACAAUGACUGUACGAACCUGGCGAGCAUUGCUCAACACAUAGUCGCUAAGUUGCAGUGA